AUGGCACCUCGGAAGAAACCUACGCUUGAAGACCAAGCUGAUGCGUUUCAACAGCAACUUUCCUCUUUUCAACAAGACCUUAAAGCCUCGCUUCGCGAAGCAAUUCAAGAAGCUCUCACCACCGUUCUCCAACAUCAACAUGCUCCUCCACCCACCGAUGCAACCUCUGUUACAGACUCCUCCGAUGACCCCACCGACAAUCCAUGGGCGCAACAAGGUCGCAACAAUCUCCGUCGAGAUGAACGUGAUGCCGGUGAAACUCGCUGGGAAGCUAGCUUCAAGAUGGAUAUUCCCGAAUUUUUGGGAACUCUCCAACCCGAAGAAUUCCUUGAUUGGCUUAGCUUCGUCGAAGAAGUCCUUGAUUUUAAACGUGUACCAGAAGACAUGCGCACAUCGCUCGUGGCGACGAAGUUCCGAGGCCGUGCUUCUGCUUGGUGGCAACAGUUUAAGGCUGCUCGACAAAACUCCGGCAAGCCUAAACUCUGCUCUUGGGAGAAAUUAAAGAAACACAUGCGUCGUACCUUCCUUCCAUACAACUAUGAGCGUACCUUGUACACCAAGUUACAAAAUCUCCGCCAAGGUUCAAAAACAGUUGAAGAUUAUGCGACUGAAUUUUUUCAGACUUUGGCUCACGUUUCACUUACAGAAACAGAAGAUCAACUGGUUUCUCGAUUCUUGGGUGGAUUACGACCUCAAUUGCAAGUUCCACUCCAACAGUUCAACCCCAACUCUGUUUCUGAAGCUUAUCAACGAGCGUUGUCUAUGGAGCUUCAAAUUCGACCACCGUGGAAUACAGGAGGCUCUCGUCAACGUUUUUCGCCUACUACAGAGCUCCCCGCAGUGGUCACGACUGAUUUGGUUCCCUCCAACCGUGCUACUUCAUCUCGCCCGCCACUACCUCCAGAGAAUCUCAACACCUCUCGCCCGUCUCGUCCUAAUGCACUUCGCUGUUACUCUUGUGGUGAACCUGGUCACCGCCAAACAGCAUGUCCCAAUGCUAAAAGACGCGGCUUACUCCUUGAUGAUGCUGAUGUUGACCACGAAGCCAAGUAUGAUGACUACGGGGAUGAUCCUCCAGCCGAUAUUGAAGAUGCGUUUGGCGAUAAAGGACCUCUGUUAGUACUUCGUCGUAGCUGCUUUCUUCCUCGCUCUUCGCAGGAACCUUGGCUCCGGUCUAAUCUUUUUCGCUCCACGUGCACAGUCAAUGGCAAAAUAUGUCGUCUGGUGAUUGACUCUGGUAGUUGCGUCAACGCUAUUUCCGAUGAAGCAGUUCGUCAUAUCAUCUUAGGUCGCCCUUGGCAAUAUGAUCACGCUACCAUUCACCACGGACGUGAUAAUACUUACACCUUUGUGUUUGCAAACCGUACUAUUACCCUCCACCCUUCACCCGAGAACUACGACCUCGCUUCUGCCGUUCCUCCCCCACCUAACGUUGUUGCUCCACCAAAACAACCGUUACUACUACUCUCUAAAGCGGCGUUUGAAGAGCAACUUUGCAAAACUUCUACGAUUUUUGCUCUCAUUCAACAACCUGCUUCGGUUGCUCCCUUGAUGGAAGUUCCAGAGAGUUUUCGCCCACUUCUUGACGAUUUUCAGGAUGUCUUUCCACAGGAUCUCCCUUUAGGUUAA